CGAAUCCCAACAUUUCUCACUGCUGUAAAUUACAGAAGUACGCAAUGUGACAGACGGCGUUCACUGUACUUGCACGCACAACACUGCUGAGUGCGUCAUUCGUUGUCAGCUGUGGAACGCGCUGACAGGAAAGCUGAAAACUGGACUAACCACUAGGAAAAUCUCAGCAUUUUACAAACAGACUGUUUCGAUUCUUUGCACCAAGCAAACUAUUCCUCUCACCAAUAAUGUCUUCGUUGAUGAGUCGCCGAGAAUGCUUCAAAAUCCUUGGCCUACCACCCGAUGCCAGCCCUGAGGCUAUCAGGCAGGCGUACCGUACAAAAGCGAAAGACUGCCACCCGGACAAGAACCCUGACGACCCUGAGGCCACAGCAAGAUUUCAGAAGAUUAGCCAAGCCUAUCAAGUACUCCAAAAAGAUUUCCGUGAUCCUACUUUUGAAGACGACAGUGCUUAUAGUGGCGGAGGUUUCUCCUUUCUGGAUCUUUUGCUGAUUUUCCAACGAGAGAUGUUACUGGAAGAGAUACGCCGACGAGAGGCCAUGAGACGCCAAGCAGUCUUCAGAAAUUUGUUUGGAGGUCCAUUCUUUUCACCACGCAUGCGCAUCUUUGAUGACGAUGAUGAUGAUUAUGACGUCUAUUAUGACUCCUCCGACUCGGACGACUUCAGUUUUUGCAGUGAUUAUAUACCUCGACGGGAACGUACGCCCAGCCCUCCUUGGACGUCCUACACUUCUCGCCGACCCCAGCAGCAGUCAGAGAGGGCUGAGGCUCGUUGGAGCGCCAGCGAGGCCAAGAAGACAACCGACUGGUCUGAGGCGUGCCGAGGCUCGUCGAAAGCGGACUGUGGGACUUCUGGGCAGUAUCAAAGCUUCUCCUACCGAUCAUUCAAAUCACAACAGGAAAAGCAUGAUGAGCGGCCAGAAAACAAAGAGGCAGUUCGUGACCCUCCUACGGAUGCGGGAACAAAGCAUCCACGACCUAACGAGCCAGGCGAGAACACAACCAGCCUUACCGAGGAAGUUAUUAAAGACACGGAAGAGGCUUUCAGCAGAGCGGCUGCAGGCGAAUGGGAUCAGUGUUUCAAGGUGCCAGUCAAGUCGCAUCAGGACAAAUCGAGGAGAAAACCGAGAAAAACCAAAACGGCCUCUACGUACGCUGUCAACGUACCAAUGAAAAUGACCAAGAAGCAGCUGUUAGCCCAGCAGAACAGACGUCAAAAGGAAGCCAAUGAGAUCGGCAAAGAACUUCGUGCCAAAGCCGAAGUAAAUAUGAAGUUGAAAGAACAACUGAAGAACAGUGGCAAGGGGAAAGGAAGCGAAGCAUGAAACACUGGGCAGGAGGGGGCUAUAGUGGAAGUGAAAACUUUAAAAGCCAUCUGCUCUUUCUAAAAUAUUGCCUUGAACUGUUUUCUCUUGCUAUAAACUAUUUCCCCUAAAUGUAUCAAUACCUGUACAUUUAUCAUAUAAUACUCAGUGAUACAAAUCAUAUCCUUAUAUUAAUAUUUAAAUAUUUUGCAGCUUAAUUCCACAGACAUGUAUACAACCAGUUUCCAAUAUUUUACUAUGUUCAUGCAUAUGCUGCUAAAUGUAUAUAUUCCUUAAGGGGAAAUUUCAUCAAUCAAAGUAAAGAAGUACUAGAUUAAUUCAUGGCUUCUAUAGGCUGAGUUGGGUGUAAGUCACUUGCAGGUUAAAUUUGAAUCAAAUCUGGUAAAAUGAGUUUUUUGUUUUCAUGAACACAAUUUAAAUUCUUCAUACUAAA